UAUACCCCUCCCCACGUUUCAAAAUUCAUUAUCGCACCUCUCAAUUGGUUUCUUCCUUCAGCAUCCCAACUUUGAAUUUCUGAAGACAUGGCUCGUACUAAGCAAACCGCCCGUAAAUCCACCGGAGGAAAGGCUCCGAGGAAGCAGCUCGCUACAAAGGCUGCGAGGAAAUCAGCUCCGACAACCGGCGGAGUGAAGAAGCCCCACCGUUACCGCCCUGGAACCGUCGCUCUUCGUGAAAUCCGCAAAUACCAGAAGAGCACCGAGCUUCUGAUCCGCAAGCUUCCGUUCCAGAGAUUGGUUCGUGAAAUUGCUCAGGAUUUCAAGACCGAUUUGAGGUUUCAGAGCCACGCCGUGCUGGCGCUGCAGGAGGCGGCGGAGGCGUAUCUGGUUGGGCUCUUUGAGGAUACCAAUUUGUGCGCGAUUCACGCGAAGAGGGUUACUAUUAUGCCGAAGGAUAUUCAACUUGCUAGGAGGAUUCGCGGCGAGCGUGCUUGAUUUGGCGUUUAAUGCAUUCAAUUUAGGGUUUCUAUUAGUAUUCGAUAGUGUUACUUUAGUAUGUCCUGUUGUUAGGGCAUUGCAUCUAUACUUGUUUCUGAUUCCAGUAAUUGUCUCUGUAAAUUUACAGAUACUCAUUGCGAAAUCUUUUUUUACUACA